AUGUCAUCGUGUUCAUCAUCACCAUCAUCCAUAGGUUGUACAUCAUCAAUUCAAGUUCGAUGUCCUCAUUGUCCAUCAUCAGAAGUAUAUAUUCAAAGUCCUGAAGAACUUUGUGGACAUAUGGCUCAGUACCAUGGCACUCACUCGAUUAUGCAAUCGAAAUGUUUCGAAAGUUUCGCCUAUUUCCAAAUAUGGCUUGCAAAUAUUGAAGAUUCACGAUGUGAUGGAGGAUAUUUGGGAUCAAGUCAAGGACCAUCAUAUGAGGAUGAAUACUACCUCCUGUGCCGCCGCCGUCCAUCAACGACAACAAAACGUCGCAGGAUGUCUGAUGAUUGUGCAAGUAACGAGCUGAAUAGUUCAAUAGUUGCUUGUACAGCAUUUGUUCAUGUAUUCGAGACAAUGGAUGGACGUGUAACUGUCAGAUAUUGUCUUGAUCAUUGUGGACAUCCAGUUGAAGUUGACGAUCAUCAUAGAAGAGAAACUAAAAAGUUUGAAAAUCGAUUAACAUUGAAGAGAAGCUCACCGUGUGCCACAUAUGAGCUGUGUGAUGAGAGUUGUGAUUGUGAGCAAUCAUCUUCAUCAAUGGCUUCAUCUCCAUCAUCAUCAGUGGAUUUCGAAGAUGAAGAUGCUUCAAAUAAUAACUACAAACUACAAGAAUCAAUUGAUGCAUAUGCAGUUUCAAGUCUCAAUGCAAUAAUUAAUCAACGUCUUGAUUCAACAGCUGAUCGUCUCAAAACACUGACAAAAGUGCUCCAGGAGUUGGCUGUUGAUAUUCGGAAUACCGAUUGUCGGAUGGUUAUCUGAAGAAACUCAAUUUGAAGGAUUUUUCUUUUUUGUUUCAUAUACAAAGUAUAUUGUAUAUUGAGGCGCAGAAAAAUGCGAUGUUUGAAAUCAAAGUGCAAGCACGUUCCACGGCUAAAUAAACAACUCUCCGCCCCUAAACGUUGGGUCUCGUUAGGUAAAACCGUAAUUCAAACUUUUUCAAGCAGUUAUAGUUAAAAAUGUAUGUGAAAUUAAACGUUUCAAUCAUUUUAAUAAUUUCAUCAACAUCGAAUGUUUAAAAACGUUCAAAUUUUCGGUUUUCCUAACGAGACCGAACUGUUGAGGGCGGAGCGUUUUCAUUUGCCAAUGGAGCGCAGUUGCACCUCGAUUCAAAAGUUCUCAUUUUCUACGCCUCCAUAAUAUCACUUUUGUAUUAAAACAAAGCAAAUAUUUCCAUUUCAUCCAAUCUCCCAAUAUUUUUCUUCUCGCGUUCUCUGAUCCUCUCUCAUUCUAACCAUUUCAUUUUCCAUUUCUUAAAAUUCCCGGUGGUCUUAGCCAAAACUUUUUCCAGUUUUCUAGUCCAUCUCAAAAAUCUAUACGUCACAAAAAUACAUUUCACAACUCAAAAAACAGUCGCCUCUUGCUUUUCUGAACGAAUUCUCAUAAUGUAAAUACAUAUUCUUCCUAAUAUUUAUGAAUGUCAUAAUAUUUCCCCUCAAGACUGUUACUUAAAAAUGAAGACAAUUUCCAUGGAA